AUGGGUACUACCAAAUUCGACUUAGACCAGAUGAUGAAUGGAAAGCUACCUUCAAGACUCGUGAAGGAUUGUAUGAGUGUUUGUGCAACUUCUAGAGAGCAUGUCAGCGAUGUGCGACAAGUCUUGACCUUACUUCGAAGGGAUAGUUUGUAUGCAACUGUGAAGAAGUGUGUGUUCAUGGUCCCAAAAGUCAUGUUCUUGGGUUAUGUUGUUUCUGGUGAAGGAAUACAGGUGGACGAAUCUAAAGUGGUAGCUGUCAGACAAUGGCCAACUCCAAAUACCAUCACUGAAGUACGAAGCUUCCAUGGUCUUCCUUUAUUCUAUAGGCGUUUUAUUCCGAACGUCAGUUCUUUUAUGGCACAUGUGACCAAUUGUAUGAAAGGGAAGACCUUUACUUGGACAGAGGCGGCAGAAUCAGCUUUCCAACUAGUUAAAGAGAAGCUUACUUUAGCACCGAUUCUUGUAUUACCAGAUUUUUCUCAAGUUUUUGAGUUACACACAGAUGCUUCAAAGGUUGGAGUUGGAGCAGUUCUAAGUCAAGGGGGACGAUCGGUUGCCUAUUUUAGUGAGAAGUUAACGGGGCCAAAGUUGCGUUAUAACACUUAUGAUGUUGAAUUAUAUGAAGUGGUCCAAGCUAUAAAGCAUUGGCAUCACUACCUGUUUCAUAAAGAGUUUGUUUUGUUUACAGAUCAUGAUUCUCUAAGGCACAUUCAGAGUUAA